CAAAUCGUAUUAAAAUCCCCUCCCCCUCCUCACUCCUCCGCCCCACACGCCACCCCUCCUCCCUCCUGUCUUUCAGACAGACUGUUUUUGCUGCAGUGAACGGUAGCCGUGGAGAGAGGGAAAACGCAAGAAAAACAAGAAGCCGAAGAAGGAAGAUAAAAAAAAAAGUCAAUAUAGACACAUCCAGAGAGACCUCAGAUCCAGCGCCAGCUAUCCUGCAUCACAAGGACCACUUCCAGACCAGAACCAACGGCGACAAAUAGUGCAGGACCCGGACUCCAGAGACGUAUAUCGGUAACACUCCGGUAACACUCCGGUGCUCCUCUGCCUACCCUCGUGAGGAUUCAUUGAGACGAACAAACGGAUCUGUGUGUCCAACCGACCAUGGCAUUCCCUUCUUACCCGGUCCCUGGUCUAUGGACGCUGAGCUUAUUGACACUACUGGCAGCCUCUGUUCAGAGCAACUUCAUCGUUUUCGACGAUGACCCCAUGCAGCCGGUGACCCAGGACGAGACGGUGUCGGUGGGCGGCACGGUGACCCUGACCUGCCGGGUGGCAGAGAGCGACAACUCCUCCCUGCAGUGGUCCAACACGGCCCAGCAGACUCUGUACUUUGGAGAGAAGAGAGCUCUGAGAGAUAACCGUAUCCAGCUCCACCGGUCGACAGGCACAGAGCUGUCCAUCACCAUCGGAGACAUCCAGCUGUCAGACGAGGGGGAGUACACAUGCUCCAUCUUCACCAUGCCCGUCCGCACUGCCCGUGCCACCGUCACUGUGCUAGGUGUCCCUGGUAAGCCUCAGAUCUCUGGCUAUGAGGAUGCUGUGCAGGAAGGGGGCAAAGUCACCCUCACCUGCACCAGCUCCGGGAGCAAGCCGCCCGCCAAACUACACUGGUACAGGGACCAGGAGGAACUCACAGGUCGCCCUGAUGUGGUGGAGUCUAACCCUGGUGAGCCGACCUACACGGUGAUCAGUGAGCUGACUCUGACUGUGGGCCGAAGCGACGAUAAUGCUCUGAUUGCCUGUGCUGUAGACCACCCUUCUCUGGCCCCUGGGGACAAAGGGAGCGAGCAACGCAUUAGAGUCCUGUUCACCCCAGACGUAACUAUCCAGCCUGAGAGUGAUCUACCCAGAGAGGGAGGAAAGUUCCACCUGCAGUGCAUUGCCAACGGAAACCCUGAGCCUAUCUCGUACGUGUGGCAGAAGAAGGAUGGAGAGCUCCCUCCGCUGGCCAAGGUGGAUGGUAGUGUCCUGCGCUUUGAGAUGCUCAACAAAUCAGACAACGGCAUGUACCUUUGUCAGGCCGACAAUGGCAUCGGGAAGGUGCAGGGCCAGUACACACUGUUGGUGCAAGACCCCACUGCCAUGUCGACCUCUUCGGGAGUGGACCAUGCUGUGAUUGGAGGAGUGGUGGCGGUCAUCGUCUUCAUCCUGCUCUGUCUGCUCAUCGUCUUGGGCAGAUACCUCAUCAGACACAAAGGGACAUAUCUUACCCACGAGGCCAAGGGCUCCGAUGACGCUCCCGACGCCGACACGGCUAUCAUCAACGCCGAGGGCGGCCAUUCCGGAGCGGAGGACAAGAAAGAGUACUUCAUCUAGGGAGGGGUCGGGAGGGGGGAGAGGAACGCCUCCAUUUGUCUUCACAAGCUUCAGUUCUUCACAGCAGCCAGAGGGGGAGGAGUAGGGGACAGACAGACAGGGAAAUGGUGAAAAGGAAAGGGAAUAUCAGAUCCAGAAGUACUGAGACUGACAGGAGACACAGAAAAGCUUCACCUGGUAGACCUGCAUUGAAACCAGUGCGAUUAUUUGCACUUAUAUACAUGACUUCCUCAUGUCCACUGACACACACACACACACACACACACACACACACACACACACACACUACGCGUUACGUGUCACUGACACACUGUUACGAGACACACAUCCUAUCCACGCUCACAUGAACAUACAAACAGACACAUGUACAUGUAACAGGAUCAUGGUAAUGCAAAGUGAUGUUCGAUUUCUUGAUUUAAGAGGAAAAACACAUGUUUUAUACAUGCAUAUACAGUACAUAUACAUGUUUCAUUAACAUUCGACUGUCAGUGACACAAAUGCAAAAAUUGUACUCCACGUAUUAUUGCAAAAAUGUCAUUCGCAUUCCAGCAUGUUAUGCUGAAUUACAGUUUCAGAACCCCAAACACUGUCCCCCAGCUAUUUAUCCAUACCACUCCACCCGCUCAUCUGUCUUUCAUGUUCCCUAUUUUGUUCUCUCUAUUCUUUCACUCCCCACAUAGACUUCUACAGACCGGGACAGACUCUAUAUGACAUUCUUCUGUUCAGAAAUCUGUCUCAAAAUCAAUCAACAACAACCGCUGUGCAUAACCUCUCUCUCUUUCCCGUCUCUCUCUGUCACACACACACAAACAAACAAACAGACAAACAGACAAACAGACAAAAGACAACCCCUAUUCCCUACAUAGUGCACUACUUUUGACCGGGGCCCGUUGUAACAUGAAGGCAACAGAAUCGAAACGCAUGACAAUACAAUGCAACAGGGGUUCUCAAAGUAUGAAUAUGACUAACAACGACAGAUGAAACUCAUUUCGGCCCGAGGGAUCCGUGGGAAUAAGUUUAGAGGGUGUAACACAGUACAAUGUAAUAUUAUGGACCCGUCAAAUGUUUUUUUAAGUUUUUUUUUUUACAUAAAUGCACUGUAAUUUAAGCUGUAAAACUGCUUAAUUCUCUCUGACUCGUGUCAACGUCUGUAGAAUCGCAGGAUAUUACGUUUAAAGCUGCACCAAACAAAAGAUCUCUCUGCCCCGUGAUGAAAUGUGUAGAAUUUCAAGAAAUUAGCUUGCAAUCUUGCGAUGUUUUCUCUCCGAUGCCAAGGGGCGGGCCUUUGAAAUGUUGCUUUCCAGGGCCCCGAAAAAUGGUUUGGUCCAGUCAUGCACUGCCGAAGUAAAAGUCAUCGUAUGCUAUAUUUCUCUAACUCGAGUUGUGUUCUGAUUAUGAAUUUGCUAUCACAAAAAGGGAUCCCCGGAUACAAUACGAUACAGUACAACCCCUACACAGUCCCACACAACACACCCCAUGCAAAAACAGCAUCCCUGUACGGUCACAGUGCGGGAUAUCCGAUAUAAAUAUAUAAAUAUAUAUAUAUAUAUAGCAUUCUUUUUACUCAGAAAACAACAAAAAAACGGUUGGUGUGCUGUAAAUACACUAUCAUUUUCUCUCUCUCUCUUUCUCGCCCCUCCUCUCUCUCUUUAUCUCCUCCGCCUCCUACCCUACAUCUCCCUCCGUCUGUUACUAACUGCCGUACAGUAUAUUAUCUAAAGCCUGCCUGUUUUUACUAAUGCUGAGUGAAAAAUAUCGAUAUCUCGGAAAAUGUGUGUUGCAAUGAAAACCUAAAAGUACGACAAAUAUUUGUAUGAAUUCUGUUUGGAUCCUUCUGUUUUGAUUGUUUUGUUCAGGUGUUUACUUACUAUCAGUGUUAACAGUUUUCAGUGUCUGUUGGUCAGUCCAGGAGUUCAUAAGGUUAUGAUUUAAUUAUGAUUAGUGAUUAUGACUAUCUAUUUUCUUUAUUUCGGUUGUUAUCCCUGAGGGAUACUGUAGUAGCUCUAAUGAAUAUAAUUAUACCACAUCGCUUCUAUCCUGCUGCUACAUUCUGGAAUACUCUCUCUGGCCAACCACCAGCCAGUAAACGCAUGCUGUAAUGACAUCACUUAAUGUAAGAGGCUAAUACAGUCACUGCACCUUUUAAAAUGACAUCAUUCCCUGCAAUCUAAUAAAAGAGGCCAGCCAGGCUUGCAGGCAGCAGUUAACCAGGGUACAGUUCAGUGGGCAGGGCACUCUCUCUGCUUCAGGCAUGCAUACCGACACUGAACUUCAUCUCUCUCUCUCUCUCUCUCUCUCUCUCUCUCUCUCUCUCUCUCUCUCUCUCUCUCUCUCUCUCUCUCUCUCUUUCUCUAUCCACUCUCUUUGUCCCCUAUCACUCUCUCUGCCCCCCCCCCUCGGCCCCCCUCUCUCUGUCCCCUCUACCUCUCUCUAUAAUUAUCCCCCCCCCCCCUCUAUCUCUCUGACCAUCCUUCCAUCUCUUUGACCUUUCUCUUCAUUUUCUUAAUCAGUCUCCCACACACACACUCAGAAAACACAUUUAAAUAACUUCAUAGCUAGCUAGAGCAUUACUAGAUUUGCUCGUUCAGUGAGCUAUUGUCCGAUGCGACCGGCCAGCUCGCCAGCCUGACGUCUGGACCGGACACCAGGGGUCCAUUCCUGUUGCUAUUGUUAUAGAAUUGUUAAUUUCGUCUGUGAUAGUUUUGUACACCUAUGGAAUGAUCAGGGACUGCUUCUAUCUUAUCCCCCAUUGCCAUUUUGCCACCGGGCUGCUGUGAAUGGGAAUAGCCAUAGAGAUAAUAUCUACACCAUGGCCACUUCUGUGACUGCAUGGCAGCAAAGUUGAGCCCUCUAUCCAGCUCUAUGCGACCUCUAUGGGAGUAGGUAAUCUAGUGAGUCUGCUGUCGUAAUAAGCUAUGGUAUACAGCCUCUCCGGGGAGAGAAAGAGAUGUCUGCAGACGAAAGGGGAGCGUGGUGUCAGUCACAUGUGUUUAUUUAUCUCGCUCACUUUUUUAAGAGAGGAUAGUUUCCAUUUGGUGAGUUGCAUUUUUCCAAGUAAUCCCAAUCUUACGUAACCUUUGACCUUUCAACUGAUGACGAGUUGGAACCAGGAAUGUCUGUCUACUCCACAGAAACUAAGGAUAAUAGUAGGCCUACUUACUGUAUGUUUCGUAACUGGACCUGUAAUUGCGCAUAUCUAUCGUCCUGUCCUAGCUGUAGAAGUUAUGUGAUCGCAUGAAAUGGCUGCAUGAGAAAAGAAGGUGGAACAUACUAUAGCUUUGACCAAACAUGAGAACAUGAAAACCGUUGUUGACAAGCCCCUAUAUGAGACGACCAACCGACUGAUGGAGGUGUUUAAUGGCUUGUCCAUAGAAUUAGAAUCAUUCUAGCCAUAUGGGCUUUCCCUACUCCCCAGUCUGCAGACAUCUAUUAUAUUCUAGAACACUCCACGCUUUAGAACGCGUUGCAUUUGUGCGCAGUUACAGCUUUCUGCCACCAGGUGUCAGUGACGAGCAGCUGUUUUUCUUGCUUUGGGCCACACUGUCUUACCCCAAUCACCUGUCCUCCUUUCUGCUCUCUUUUCUGUACCAUUGUUGGGGGAAUGCUCUUUCUCCACUGCUCUCUCUCUCUCUUCUUAUUUUGUAGUAUGUUAUCUUAAAGAAUACAUUUCAAAAUAAUGUUUAUUUUUCAAAGAAAGGUGUGCAUACUUUUAAAUGUAUUACUUUCAAUUCAAUUGAUAAUCUUUUUUUCUCUUUUUUUUCUCAUAAAUAGAUGUUCAAUAUUUGAAGGUUAGAGCGUAGUUUGGCGUAUCUUAUUGUUUCGACAGUCCACCAUUUUUAUAUAAUUUCAUGUAUAUAGUGUUGCCUUUACUGGUUAUUUUUACAAGCACACUGAUACACACACUCACACACAUGUGCAUGAGGUACAUGUAGUCUGUGACUACAGUGUGUUUGUGCGUGCCUGUGUGUGCCUGUGUGUGUGUGUGUGUGUGUGUGUGUGUGUGUGUGUGUGUGUGUGUGUGUGUGUGUGUGUGUGUGUGUGUGUGUGUGUGUGUGUGUGUGUGUGUGUGUGGUGUGUAUAAUGAUUGACCCAAACAGACUUUGGAGACACUGGAUGCGUCCCAAAUGGCACCCUAUUCCCUAUGUACUGCACUACUUUUGACCAGGCCUCAUAGCCAUUCCCAUAGGACUAUGAUCAAAAGUAGUGCGCUAUAUAGAAAAUAGGGUGCCAUUUGAGGACGUAGACACUAUCUGUGUUAUUUUCCACAAAAUAUUAUUUUAAUGACGAGUUUACUUUGUUAGCGUUCUUUUUGGAUGAUAAGUCUUCCUUUUGAAUAACUAUCCAUAUCACAUGGGAAUAGUGCUGUCAUGGAUGUUACCUAAUUUGUAUUAUUGCUAAUGAUGUCAUCAAGGCGGGACUGCACUAUGGUGAUGAUGUCAUAAUGCUGAGUUCUGUCUCCGUUGGCUGUUCUGAUCUGUUCAUACAGUAUUAGCUUUUUUGUUACUAUACCGAUUCAGUUGUUGACUUCAAAUAAACAUGCAUUUGGGUUAA